CUGCAAACCUCCACCACUCAGUUUUCUGAAAGACUGACAGACAGAUUCUGAAAAUGGCGUCCUUCAGAAUUCUGUCAAAAUCAGAGCAAUUUCAUAGAAACAUAUCUUCAGUGAGAAGACAAAAAGGAAUACUGUCUAUGCAGUAUGGCAAGUGUGUUGCUCACCCUCGGGUGUGUGGCUGUUACUUCUCCACCUCCUGCCCCAGGGAUGCCCGUUUCUUUACCGACCCCACAGAGGCAGUGAAAGACAUCCCAGAUGGCUCCACUCUACUGGUCGGAGGGUUUGGUUUAUGUGGAAUACCCGAGAAUCUGAUUGGGAGUUUAUUGAAGACUGGAGUGAAAGGUAUCACAGCAGUCAGCAACAACGCUGGCGUGGAUAAUUUUGGUCUUGGUCUGCUGCUGAGGACCAAGCAGAUCAAGCGGAUGAUUUCCUCCUACGUUGGGGAGAAUGCAGAGUUUGAGAGACAGUACCUUUCAGGGGAACUGGAGGUGGAGCUAACGCCUCAGGGUACCCUGGCAGAGAGGGUACGUGCCGGCGGUGCUGGGGUCCCUGCCUUCUUCACGCCCACUGGGUAUGGUACACUGAUCCAGGAGGGAGGCUCACCCAUCAAAUACAACACAGACGGCAGUGUGGCCAUCGCUAGCAAGAAGAGAGAGGUGAGGGAGUUCAAUGGCAUCCACUAUGUCAUGGAGAGAGCCAUCACAGGGGACUUUGCUCUGAUCAAGGCCUGGAAAGCUGAUCGAGCCGGUAACAUUGUGUUCAGAAAAACAGCACGGAACUUCAACCAGCCCAUGUGUAAAGCAGCUAAAGUCACCGUAGUGGAGGUAGAAGAGAUUGUAGAUGUGGGGACCUUUGAUCCAGAAGAUAUCCAUGUCCCCAGCAUCUAUGUUGACAGGAUUGUGAAGGGGGCAGUCUAUGAGAAGAGGAUAGAGAAGAGAACGGUCCAGAAAGGCUCUAUGGAGACGCCCAAACCCAAGAGGAAGGCAGACCUGCUCCGAGAGAGGAUCAUCAGGAGGGCAGCACUGGAGUUCCAGGAUGGGAUGUAUGCAAACCUUGGUAUUGGGAUCCCCAUGCUGGCCAGCAACUUCAUCAACUCUGACAUCACUGUGCACCUACAGAGUGAGAAUGGACUUCUGGGCCUGGGUCCUUAUCCCACCGAAAGUGAGGUAGACCCAGACCUUAUCAAUGCAGGUAAAGAGGUUGUAACUGUGGUUCCUGGAGCCGCGUUUUUCUCCAGUGAUGAAUCAUUUGCUAUGAUCAGGGGUGGCCACAUUGACCUGACCAUGUUGGGGGCCAUGCAGGUGUCUAAGUAUGGGGACCUGGCCAACUGGAUGAUCCCGGGAAAGAUGGUGAAAGGAAUGGGAGGGGCUAUGGACCUAGUGGCAAGUGCAGGAACCAAAGUGGUGGUGACCAUGGAGCAUUCUGCUAAGGGGGACAAACACAAAAUCCUGGAGAGUUGUACUCUCCCACUGACAGGAAAGCAGUGUGUGGAUAGGAUCAUCACUGAAAAGGCAGUUUUUGAUGUUGACAAGGCCAGCGGCCUCACUCUCAUAGAGAUCUGGGAGGGGCUGACUCCUGAUGACAUCAGAGCGUGCACUGGCACAGACUUUACUGUGUCCCCAAAUCUAAGACCAAUGCAGCAGAUCUGAACCCAGUGACUCCAAACCUUUCUGCAGUGCACAGAAUCCUUCUUUUAACAUUCCACAUGACCAUAGUGCUACAAAUGCAUGUACACAACACAACUCUGGGAGAAAGGUAUAAAUAGGCCUGCAGACUUGAAGGUAUUGACAGUUAGGAGUCAGUCGGCUACAACGUGCCUGUGACUUACAAUAGAAUCAGCUUGCUGAAGUCUAGGCCUACAAUGCAAUGACUGGUCAUUCAAAGCUGUACAUGGUAUGAUCCAUGGCAGAUUGAUUUACUCUUUUAAAAUGGCAUAACUAAAUUUG